AUGGUCCAGUACUGUUACACCACGGACUGUCCAGAUGAGGCGCCUGAGAAAAUCUUGGACCCCGGAGAUCCUAUGACUCCCUCCAUCUCGCGCGCACACACGAACGCCCAGGUCCACGCUCCCGCAGAGAAGUACGACAUUCCAGGACGCAAGUUUCUCGCGGGGAUGAAGUUCCGUGCAGCUAUGGCGGUAGAAGUCGGUUCUGGGUUCCGAAGUGGCGCUCCCGCCAUGAUGCAUCUGAUCGCAAUCAUCUCGCUUGCCUACGACGGCGCACCAGGAACAGACCGCGUUCUCCGCGAUCCUGUCAUCGGUUACGUGUGGAUGUAUUGGAAGCAGCUCUCACCGAAGCCAGAGUUCCUAGUACCUAUCGCCGCGAAGCCGGAGUUCAUGAUAGAGGCUGUGAACAAGACCGCUCGCAAGCAUCAGCCACCUCUGGAGCAAACAAGUAAGCUUCCGAGUAGGCUCUCCGUAUCUCAGACCAUGCUUCCAGCCCAUUCCACCGUAUGCGACUCUGAAGACGCCUUUGCCUGGAAAGAGAUGUUGAACUCUUUCGGAUUCAUGCUCGAGUCAGGCGCCGGCUCUGAUCUGACCACCAUUUGCAACGAGCCCAUGUGGAAGUCCUACACUUUCAUCAUAUACCCUCGCCCUGAUAACUUUACCGAAGCUAAUCGAAGCCGUUUGGCGGAAUCAAACACCCGCCAGAUUGACUUGUCCGCAGAGGCGCCUCGCCUGACAUUAAAGAUGAUACGGUUCCUCUACACUCUUGUCACCGAGUCGCUGUCGGAGUCUCAGAAUGCCAAGGCCGAACAGGCCCAGUCUCUUAAGCUGCUCCUCGAUUCUGGAAACGCAUCUGACCUGACCAUUACCUGUGACGAGCGCACAUUCCACGUCCACAGCCCGAUCAUGUGCUCGCGUUCCGACUACUUCGCCAUCCACCGAGAUGCCUCCACGCGAUUCCCGGCGUCCGACCCUCAUCACGUGCGCCUACCCGACGAAGAUGCCUUCCUCAUCGAAAAGAUGAUCGGAUUCGUGUACACGUCGGAGUACUCCGUGUCCGCGGAUGGAACGACCGGUGCUUCCGAGGCCGAGCCGUUGGCGCUCUCCGUCCACGCCUCCAUGUACGGCCUCGGCGAGUUCUACGGCAUCCGCUCCCUCAAAUGGGUCGCCGCGGGCCAGUUCAAAGAGCUCGUCGCGCUCUGGCACAAACCGUACGGAGCCUUUCCGGGUCCGCGCCUUCUCGACUUCGUCCAGGCGAUCAAGGUUGUGUACACGAGGACGCCGCAGGACGAUCGUGUCCUGCGGGACCCUAUAAUCCGGCAUAUCCCGGAGAACUUGCACGCGAUGUCCGGGCUGGAGGAGUUCAGAGAGCUCGUGAACGAGGUGCCGGAAUUUAUGGACGAGGCGUUUGGCGACGGCGUGCUUGGGGAGAUUGCACGUUCGAGAACGAAGCUUAGCGUGAGGCGGAUCAGGGAGAUGUGUAGGUUGGCGAGGAGGGGGACGUGGCCUUAUUUGGAUGAUUGA